GAGAUUCGCGCCUGAGGUGAGAGAGAAAACGAUCUCCUCCUCCCCAGCCCCAGCGGGUCAGGCUGAUUUUUUAGCAAAGGCGGCGAGAGAGAACAGAAUUUAUUGAUAUGAUAUGAUGUGCUAUCUGAUCAUUCACCAUCAUUGAUACCUUUUAUUUCUUUCCUCUGUUUCUAUCUGAUUUUAUGGAUGAAAUUUUUUUAUUAACCACUUUGUUGGGUUGAGUUGGGAAUGGAAUGGCAACAGUCAGGAGUUUGAGGCGGAGGAGGUCAGCCAGAGUCAGAGAUAUUGUUGUUCUUCUUCACUAAUGAAUGCUGUAACUGCUGACUGCUGUUGAUGUUUGGUUGGCUUUAGCGUGUUCUUGAUGUUGAGUUUAAGUGGACAAGGUUUCCCUUAGAAACUGCCAUUCCCUGGUCUCCGUUUCUGUUUGGUUUUCAACUGACAGUGCAAGGGAGAGAGAAAGCUCGAUUCUUGGUAUAUCAUAUAUAACUUAUGUCCAUCUCCAGAGCAAACAGAGGUGACUUCUUCUUGCUAGCGUGAAGGGUUUCUUGGGUUUUUGGUGUUUUCGAAAGGGUAUUGCGGAGAAGCACGAAGAUGAAGUUUAUGAAGCUUGGGUCCAAGCCGGAUGCCUUCCAAGCUGACGGAAAAUGCACCCGGUACGUGAAAUCUGAUCUGUCAGCAGAUGUCAUCAUUAAUGUUGGUGAAGUGAAAUUUCACCUUCACAAGUUCCCUCUUUUGUCUAAGAGCAACCAUUUGCAAAAACUAGUUCUCAAAGCCAAUGAAGAGAGCUCUGAUGAAAUUACCAUGGCUGAUUUCCCGGGGGGGCCAAAAGCAUUUGAAAUUUGUGCAAAAUUCUGUUAUGGGAUGACAGUUACUCUAAAUGCAUAUAAUGUUGUGGCAGCUCGUUGUGCGGCUGAGUACCUAGAGAUGACUGAAGAUGUUCAUCGGGGAAACCUGAAUUUUAAAAUUGAAGUGUUUCUAAAUUCAAGCAUUUUCCGCAGCUGGAAGGAUUCCAUCAUUGUUCUCCAAACCACAAAAUGUCUUUCACCGUGGUCUGAAGACCUGAAGAUUGUUGGAAGAUGCAUUGACUCCAUUGCAUCCAAAACCUCUGUGGAUCCUUCAAAUAUCACUUGGUCCUACACAUAUAAUCGAAAGUUAUCAGCUCCUGACAGAAUAGUUGAAGAAGGUAUGAAAUUCCAAGAGAAGAUUGAAUCUGUCCCAAAGGAUUGGUGGGUUGAAGAUAUUUGUGAGCUGGACAUUGAUCUUUAUAAGCGAGUCAUAACUGCCAUAAAAUCGAAGGGAAGAAUGGAUGCUACAAUGAUUGGUGAAGCAUUGAGGAAUUAUGCUGUCAGAUGGUUACCAGAUUCUGUUGAAGCUUUGGUUGCUGAUUCACAUUCUUGGAGAAACAAGUUGCUAGUGGAAACAUUACUAUUCUUAUUGCCUUCGGAUAAGGGUGUGGGUUGUUCAUGUAGUUUCUUGCUGAAACUGUUGAAAGUUGCUGUUUUGAUUGGGGUGAAUGAUUCAUCACGGGAAGACUUGGUGAAGAAGAUCAGUCUAAAGUUGCCUGAGGCUUCAGUCAAAGAUUUAUUGAUCCCAGCACAGUCUCCACAAACUACCUUGUAUGACGUUGAAUUGGUGAAGUGUCUUGUGAAACAUUAUUUCGUGCAUGAAAAUUGUGGUCAAAAGUUAGUAGAUGUCAUGAAGAAUGAUGGUUUUGGAUGUGAUGAUUUUGUACUAGGGCAUGGAUCCUUGUUGGAUGUUGGUAAAUUAAUAGACGGGUAUCUUGUCGAAAUUGCCCAUGACCCAAAUUUUGAUCCCACUACUUUCAUUGAUUUGUCACGAUCUAUUCCAGAGAUGGCAAGACCAAUUCAUGAUGGACUAUACAAAGCUAUUGACCUGUACUUGAAGGAGCACCCGACAUUGGAAAAGGGAGAAAGAAAAAAGAUAUGUGGGUUGAUGGAUGUCAAGAAACUAAGUAUGGAUGUAUCCAUGCAUGCAGCACAGAAUGAGCGACUUUCACUCCGGAUUGUGGUUCAAGUUCUCUACUUUGAGCAGGUUAGAGCAGCUGCUGGGGUUCAAGCUCUUAACAAUAAUCCUAGUGAUGUUUCUCGUUCCACAAUUGCAAACACAGACGAAGAAUGGGACAAGACCACUGAUGCAAAUGAAGAUUGCUACUCCCUCAAGAAAAAUAUGAGUCAAAUCAAGAUAAAGAACGAAGAUUGCCAAAAGAAUGACAAGCUGACCAAGACGAGUAGCAAAACUAGUAAAAGCCUUAUCCAGUUACUCCCAUCACGGUCGAGAAGAAUAUUCAAUAAGCUGCGGGUGGUGGGCAAAGGUCAGUCAGAGAAUAGAAGCUCUCAGAUAUCCGUGAGUUCACAAAGCCUAGCUUCAUUGGUUCCCGGAGAUACCAAGUCCUCUGGUUCAUCUGCCAGACGCAGGAGAUAUUCAAUAUCCUAGGGAAGCAUGUGUCGAGCAGCUGAGUUCCACUAAUCAGGUGAAGAAGAUUCAAUACUGAUGGGAAUAGGGAAGCGUAAAACGGUAGUAGGAUUUGGUAGUAAUUAACUUGCAUGGUUUAUCUUAUUGUGUACUAUUAGCAUUCCACUAAUGAGGUCUAGGAUAGGAGCAGAAGAUUUGUAAUAAGUUCUAUUGGAUGUU